AUGGCCAACACAAAAGAACUACAAGAGAAUCUUCGACCGGAAUAUCUGAGAUUGUACAAUGUUAUCAAUGAGGAAAAUGUAAAUAUAUCUCCAGUGUUUACUGUUUUACCUCCACGAAAAGAUUACCCAGAUUAUUACGACGUCAUCAAGAAACCUAUAUCUAUAAACACUCUUAAGAAGAGGCUGACAACCUAUACUAAUGCUCAACAGUUUAUGGACGACCUAGUACAUAUACCGUGGAAUGCGAAAGUUUACAACACUAAGGAAUCAGAGAUCUAUAAAUAUGCGUUGACGCUAGAAAAAUUUAUUAAUGAAACGGUCUAUCCUAAUUUAAAGAAAAAAUAUCCUAAGCUAGAAUUACCAUAUCUGGGGCCCACACCGGAUGAGCCAGGCUACCAAGAAUUCCAAGAAAAGCUAUUAAUCAAAGAAAAAGAGAAACAGGAAGAACUUGAACGCAAAGAAAGGCUAGAAAAGGAAGCUAAAUCGCACAAAGUACUUAUAAGGACUCGUAAAACUAGUAAUAAAGAAGGCUACACGACCGAUUCGUAUGACAGUAACAAUGAGGUCCAUACUGAAACAGGUGAUGAUGACCAUUAUACAGAUUAUGGUAAAGGCGAUGAUGAUGAUGAAUACACCGAUUCCGGAAGAAGGUACAAACAAAGGCGCGUGCAUGCUAAGUUCUCGCCAUCUCCAUCCGGUACACCUCAUCCUUUAGGGUUACGCCAUUCCGAGAAGCCAGUCAAAAAAUACGUGAAAAGAGGUAGACCUCCAAUCAUAGAUUUGCCAUACGUUCAAAGAAUGAAAAAUGUCUUAAAGGUAAUUCGAAAGGAAGUUGAUGAAAGAAGGCGGUCAUUGUUAGAUUCUUUUGAGAAAAUACCGGAUAGAAAUUACAAUCCACAGUAUUACUCAAUAAUAUCGAAUCCAAUAUCUCUAGAUGAAAUAAGAAAGAAAGUAAAAACAAGAAAAUACAAAGACUUUGAGGGGUUUCAUAAUGAUAUCAAACUAAUGCUUUCAAAUUAUAGAACAUACAACAAAAAUAAUCCAAAUGAGCUGAAGCGCUCUUUCAAAUUUGAAAAAUCUUUUAACGAGCUAGCACAAUUUGAGUUGUCUAGGCCAGAUACCGAUUACAUGCCCGAAGGAGAAUUUCGAUGUCCAUUAGAUGAAGUCAUUGUAAAUGGCAUAACAUAUCAAGUUGGUGAUUGGGUUCUUCUCAAAAAUAGAAAUGAUGAAUCUAAGCCAAUCGUAGGACAGAUAUUCAAGUUUUGGAGUGAGGGAACAUCAGGUACUAAAUGGCUUAAUGCAUGCUGGUAUUAUAGACCAGAACAAACUGUUCACAGAGUUGAUAGAUUAUUCUAUAAGACCGAAGUAGUUAAAUCUGGACAGUAUAGAGAUCAUAAAGUUUCUGAUAUACAGGGUAAAUGCUAUGUCGUACAUUUCACCAGGUACCAAAGAGGAGACCCAGAUAUCAAUAUUGAUGGUCCUCUGUUUGUUUGUGAGUAUAGGUAUAAUGAAUCUGACAAGGCUUUCAACAAAAUUAGGACAUGGAGAGCGUGCUUGCCAGAGGAAAUACGUGAUGUGGAGGAGCAAACAAUUCCUGUUACAGGUAGGAAAUUCUUUAAAUUUCCGUCACCGAUAAGACAUCUUCUACCUCCAAACUCAACAACUAGGGACCCAGUACCAGAUCCUACAUUAGGUGUUCCUAAUGCUCCACCAAUUGUGGGAGGUGUCUAUAUGCGUUCAAAACUAGAUAGAGACGAUUUAGGUGAGUACUCUACUUCUGACGAUUGUCCUAAGCAUAUUAUUAGACCUAACGAUCCUAAAGAUAGACUUGAGGGUAAGAUUGACAAUGAUAUGGGAACGAUUAUUGUAAGUGGUGGAAUGGGAAAUCUUGCUCGUAUGACUCCUUCCCAUACAAAACUAAACACAAUGAGAGAUAAUCACAUUGAGAAUAACUAUCAAUUUAACAAUAAUGAAAGUGCAUCGCUGCCGUUUUCACUGGCAAAGGAAAAUGUCCCAAUACCCAAUCUAAACAAAACAAAUCGACCUCUCAAUAUAUCCGAUCUUCACUCUAGACAUGUGGCACAGUUUGUUGCAAAUCAACGACAACGUGAAAUCACACAUAAUUUAGAAGCGGCCAAAUACAGCCACGCUACAAUUGCAGACAAAAUAGCCAAUGAAGCUAGUAAGCAUACUCGCCUUGGGCAACAGAUAGUAUCCUUGCCACAUUCAUACGUACUUCCGCUGUCAAUCACUAAAAAUACUGGUGUGUUGCAAACAUCCGAUAUAUCUAACCAAAGCAGAAGACAGAAAGAGGAUGCCUUAAUGCCGAGGAAAAGGACAAAGGAAGAGAUACUUUGGUUUACUGGUCCUAGUGUUAGCAUCAAUGAGCGUCUCAUGGAUUCCGGUAUUGUAAGAACACUAUCGAUGAACACCUUAACAAAUUCAUCUAAAGAUGGGUUAGAUUAUGAGGAAUUUGAGGAAGUAAUACCCGUGAUUCGAAAAAGAAGCAAAAGAAAUACGAGAAACAUCAUCGAACAAGUGGAAGAGGAGGAAUUUGAUAAAGAAGAAGCACAAACCACAAAAAAGGAUGAAGAUGAUUCAGUAACGCAGUUAUUUCAUACAUCAUUACACUCAUUGAGGCCUUCAGCAUCAUUCAUGUCUCAUCGUUUGGCAGAAAGUACUUAA